UGCAGUCCCGACCACCGCGCAAACAGCGGACCUCACCUGGGCGCCAGGACUCCAGGAGGAGGCGCUCCAGGCCGGCUGGACCCGGCAAGUGCCCGUGUCCCUGCGCGCUCGCCACCCAAUUCCACGACUCAUCCUCGGCCGCGGCGCCCGCUUACUGGUGGGUGGGCGCUUCUCUCAGCUCCCAUUGACACUUUGCAGACGCUCCCCAGCGCCGGGCAUGGGCGCCGCCGCCACCGUCGGUCCCUGGGCUGGAGUCCGUGCGCGGGUGGUGCCCCUGAGGCGCUCAGCUGCUGGGUCUGCAAGAAGUCUCGCUAUGAACGACCGAAGCAGCCGUAGGCGGACAAUGAAGGAUGAAGAGACCUUUGGGAUCUCCAUUCCCUUCGAAGAGGCACCCCACUUAGACUCACAGAUCUUCUACAGUCUGAGUCCCUCUAGGAGAAAUUUUGAGGAGCCUCCCGAGGCCACCUCCCCAGCGCUGGCGUUGAUGAACAGCGUUAAGGCCCAGCUACACAUGGCCCUGGAGAGAAACUCAUGGCUGCAGAAGCGAAUUGAGGACCUGGAGGAGGAGAGGGACUUUCUGCGGUGUCAGCUGGACAAGUUCAUUUCCUCUGCCCGGAUUGAUGCAGAGGACCACUGCCGGAUGAAGUCUGGGCCACGGAGGGUUGAUGGGGACAGCCGGGCUGGGGUUGGGGGUGAAGCCUCGGACCCAGAGUCGGCAGCCUCCUCACUCAGUGGGGCUUCCGAGGAAGGCAGUGGCAACGAGAGGAAGAGACAGAAGCAGAAGGGAAGUGUCGGUCGGAGGAGAUUUGGGAAACCUAAGGCCCGAGAGAGACAGCGGGUGAAGGAUGCUGAUGGGGUCCUCUGCCGCUACAAGAAGAUCCUAGGCACCUUCCAGAAGCUGAAGAGUAUGUCUCGUGCCUUUGAGCACCACCGCGUGGACCGCAACACUGUGGCACUGACCACACCCAUCGCGGAGCUGCUCAUCGUGGCUCCCGAAAAGCUGGCUGAGGUGGGAGAGUUCGACCCGUCCAAGGAGCGCCUGCUCGAGUACUCCCGCCGCUGCUUCCUGGCACUGGACGACGAGACCCUCAAGAAGGUGCAGGCUCUCAAGAAGAGCAAGCUGCUGCUGCCCAUCACCUAUCGCUUCAAGCGGUGAUCCCGCCACCCCGCACGCCUCCGCGCCCUGCAGACCGCUCGCCAGGCCCGACCCGGGGAUCCGCCUGGUUCCGGGUCCAGGCCCUGCCCUUCGGCCGCCCACACCGUCUCCAUCCCACUCCGCGGAGGCCUCCAGCUCGGCCUCCCCAGCCAGGAGCUGCCCAUCCUUAUCCCAUGCGAGACAGAGUAUUAUUCAGAGAAUUUAAAUUAAAGAGACGUGAAAAUUUGCAAUA